AUGGAAUCUAACCCAACAUCCCCUCGCUCAUUUGCCGCUUCUUAUGUAUCCAACUCCCGCUUCCAUCGCUCCUUCACCAUCGAGCCAACUCCUGCUCAUGGCCCUCUCAAUGUGACUUACGGUGAUUACGGCCGGGAGCCCGAUGAGAACGGAACUACCCCGACACUUCUCUUUAUACCGGGCAUGUUUUCAUCGCGGUACAUCGGUAUUUGUCUACACGCGAUUGCCGAUAAAUGCGGCGUCCGCGUUUUGGUUGUUGAUCGUCCCGGAAUGGGAAAUUCCACUGACGUGCCGCUCGCGCAGCGAAUGUCAACCUGGAUUGAGACCGUCCCACGGCUUUUGGCCCAUCUAGACAUCCAGCAUGUUUCGUUGGCGUCGCAUAGUGCUGGCACUAUGUAUCUGUUCAACACCCUGUAUCACUGUCGGGAUAUCCUAUAUCCCGAGAAACCGAUGGCCACCCUUCUAGCGCCAUUUGUUGACCGCGCCAAAUCUGGCAUGACAUCCUUGAAAAUAGCCCAAUAUAUCCCCGCCCCAGCCUUCAAGCUCUGGCAUCAUAUCCCACGUCUCUUUCUCGCCAAUGAUGGGUCUGCAACAGCAACGAGUGGAGAAAUGAUUGCCAAAUUCUCUGCCUCCUUUCCCUCAAAGAGCGGUGAUGACCAGGCAAAGAAUCGUCUGUACAUUGCGCAGAACUAUGGACUAGACAUAGACCAGCAGAAGGAGAUAGACUCUUUGAUGAUGCAGGGUAUGUUCAAAGAGGACACGGUUGGCGCUAACAGUGAGGCGCUACAAUGUCUACGGAAGGAGCCCAACACGUGGGACAAAUGUGAAGACUAUGAGGUCUUUGUGCGUGAGUUGGUAGAGCUCGAAAGAGGACGGGAGGGGCCGCCACUGAAAGUCCAGGCAUUGUUUGCUGAGUCCGACAGCAUGAGCGGCAAGAAGGGUCAAGCUUAUUUUGAGAGAUGCUGGCAUCAGAUGAAUGAUGGGGACUCAGAGGGUGCAAUUGAAUUUGAUUCGAGGGUGGUUUCUGGCACUGACCAUGAUAGCUUGGUACCGUCUGCGGAAGUGUGGGAGAGCAUCUUCAAGAAAAUGUAA